UUAGUGUUAAGGCAGCCGUUGAGAGAGGCGCGUACAUACCGGAUCAGGGAGAGAAAGAGAGAGACAGAGAGAGAGCGCAGACGCGAAAAAAUUUUAAUUUUUUUUUCGGAAUUAUUUUUUUUUUCGUUGUGCGGUGGUUUUGGUGCGUUAGUAAGAAAACCUGGAUGUUUCGUGUGUCAGGGAUAUUUUGGAUUUGACUGAGUUUAGUAUGUUCCUAGUAAGUGCUGUUGAUGUUGUUCUUGUUGUUGUUGUUGUAGCGUUAGGAUUUUCCGCUUUGUAAUAUGAUGAUUUUGUCCUCAAAUACCAGCGACCUGGACACUUUUCUCUGUAAACAAGAAUGGGAGCGCAGACUGGAAGAGGAGCUGGACAAGCCGCGGCGCGACUCCGCUGCGCAGAUCGACGAUUUUUUCGAGCCCGCGUGUCCGCCGCCCCGGGUGCCCCCCGUUCAACAAACCAUGAGCUACGUAUCGAUGCGCUCGUUGCCCGGCGCAGAUGACGACGUAUUCCUUAGGCCCCCACUAUGGGAGGACAUCGCGAGCAGUAUUCAAAACAUCGACCCGGAGAACGCGAACAUGUUGGGCGUGGGAUCCGGACACGUCAAGAUGGAAACCGUUGACGAGCUGUCGAGCGUCAGCUGUCAGCCCACCCCCUCACCCCUACUAUCCCCCUUAGAAAUAAAAACUGAAAAGGUAUUACAACCGCCCCCGGCGCCUACGUUGCACCUCAUGGGCACCCCCACCAGCCCCUACAACCAUCAGCCCACCAGUCCCACCCAGCAACAUUACCAUCAACCUCAACAGCAGCAGGGGAUGCACCACGUGGCUCAUAACAAUAAUCAGUACAAAUAUAAUAACAAUAACAACAUUGUCGGGACAGGAACUGCCACAGGAAACGCUCUCUACCCCAUGUCGCGCCUCAUGUACGUCUCCCCGCUAACCCCUCCCAGUUCGGAACCCGGCUCUCCCGGAGGAACCCUGCCUCGCCGAACCCCUCCACCCCCUUACCAUGGACCCGGGUGCCCCCCGCAACAACCCCCACCACCCCCCGCUAGUACCGUACCCCGGUUGGGGGUGAAGGCCUACAAUCGCCGGAAUAAUCCAGAAUUGGAGAAGCGACGGAUACACCAUUGUGAUUUUAUGGGUUGCACGAAGGUUUACACGAAAAGCUCACAUCUGAAGGCGCACCAGAGGAUACACACAGGUGAAAAACCGUAUCAGUGCCAGUGGCCGGAGUGCGAGUGGCGGUUCGCGCGCUCCGACGAGCUGACUCGCCACUACCGCAAGCACACCGGCGCGAAACCCUUCAAAUGCGCGGUGUGCGAGCGCAGUUUCGCGCGCAGCGACCACCUCGCGCUCCACAUGAAGCGCCAUCUACCGAAGACGGCCAAAUGAAGCCGCGAUCCUCCUCGUCCGUCCCUUUCUUUAGUGAAUAAUAAUUAAUUAAUUGAUUGCGUCCAGUUUUUUUUGUUUAUUAUAAAAAAUAUUUUUUUGCGUUUCGGUGAUAGAUCUCAACGGUGGCAUAUUAAUUGACAUAUAUGUGAAAGCGGGGCCGAUCAGGAGCCCGCUAUCUCGAGGCCUUAUCCCAGUGUACUUAUACAUACAUAUAAUAUAUUUAUAAAGAUUUUUUAUAUAUAUAUUUAUUGCUUAUAUAUGGAAUUUGAAUGCGAUUUGCCGUACUAUAGUGUCUUUUCCACGAUGUGAUUUUACAUUCCGUUGCGAAUACUCUUGGGGCCGCCCCUGUGGGGAUAUACGGUGCAUAAUGUGAAGCGGUUUCUUUUUUGGUUGUGAACUGUUUGUAUGCGUUUACGGGGCGUGGCACGUAUGGAGUCUCUGAUGGUCAAAUCAGGUGAUCUGGGAGGCCAGUCCCUCCUUGCGCAAUCCACACGUGGCACACUCCGUAGUUGUUAUGUUAAUUUAUAAAGAAAUAAAUAAAAGGUAGAUGUAGCUCUAAUAAUACGUAAGUGAAAAAUUCGCACACAUAUCUUUAUCACCUUAAAGACAAAUUAAUAUUAUUCGCGUAAUUUAAGCAACUUAUGCCAUUUUUGUAUUAUGUUUAACCCGAAUUUGUGAUUUAUUUAAUAUGGUAUGUGGUGGGGGGGGCGUUUACUGGCUGAUUAAUCGUAGCUCAAGUCCAGCACCGGCUUUUUAGUGACACCCUGUAUAUGGCCAGGCGCCUUGAAAAUCGUAUUUUAUCGUAUACACCCCGUAUAUGGAAAGUUACCAAAAUACACUGAGUGUUGAUUUUUGUAAAUAAUUUUUACUGACUAGCGACUAGUCAAGGAAAUAUUGAGUUUUUUAUUUUAUUUUGUACAUUUCUUUAUUGUAAGAUUCCCUUUAGUACGUUUAAAAAUAUGAUUUAUGCCAUGUUUUUAAUAAUAAUAAAUAGUAUUUUCUUUCUUUGUUAGGGUAUAGCGUAUCUAGGUAGAAAAUUGUUUUUCUUUUUUAAUUUUGUAUUUUAUCUUUAAUACAGUUUUAUUUUUAA